UCUUGGACAGUGCCUUCGUUGUCGAAAGACUUCGUCCAACUCAACUCGUGCACCAAUAUCGACUUUUUACAGUUUUAUACCCCAAGUUGAUUCCUUUUCUUGUAUUUGAUAUCCCUCCCUGACCAAAAACCCCUGCACCCUCGUUUCUCAACCCCAACAUGGACUCUCCCACCACCAACACCACCGCCGAACAGGUGUCACAAAAGGCAGAUGCCCCAAGUAACGUGACUUUUCCACCAACACCCCCCGAAACAGUCUUCGACUCGGAAGACAACAAAUCCUUGACUGAUGAUGGAUCGUACCUUGAAUCUCUCCCUCUCCCUCCGCCUUCGACCGCGCCUACCAAGGUCCUCGAAGUAGACCAGAAAACACCCGAUGCACAUGUCCCACGAGACCCCAGGUUAAUCCGACUAACUGGUGUCCACCCAUUCAACGUCGAAGCGCCCCUCACAGAUCUUUUCAACGAGGGAUUCUUGACCAGCCCAGAACUAUUCUACGUGCGAAAUCACGGGGCGGUACCCGUCGUGCAAGAAGAAGAAAUCCCUGACUGGGAAUUCUCAGUCGAAGGAUUAGUAGCAAACCCCAUCAAAAUCACCCUGAGAGAACUCCUCUCAGACUACGAGAAUGUGACAUACCCUAUCACACUGGUCUGUGCAGGAAACAGACGAAAGGAGCAAAACGUCGUACGAAAGUCGAAAGGAUUCUCAUGGGGAGCCGCCGGUGUCUCUACUGCCCUCUUCACCGGUGUGGUGAUGAGGGAUGUGAUUGAAAGGGCCAAGCCAUUGAGACGUGCGAAAUAUGUCUGCAUGGAGGGCGCCGACAAGCUCCCCAAUGGCUACUAUGGCACAUCUGUGAAGUUGAACUGGGCCAUGGAUCCUAACCGUGGCAUGAUGCUUGCCCACAAGAUGAAUGGCGAGCCUCUUCGACCAGAUCACGGCCUACCUCUGCGAGCGGUCAUUCCUGGUCAGAUUGGCGGUCGCAGUGUCAAAUGGCUGAAGAAGCUGAUCAUUACUGCUGAGCCAAGUGAUAACUGGUAUCACAUCUACGAUAACAGAGUACUCCCGACCAUGGUCGAUCCAGAUGAGUCGGCAACGAACCCGAAGUGGUGGACAGAUGAGCGUUACGCAAUCUACGACUUGAGCCCCAACUCGGCCAUCGCAUAUCCAGCACAUGAAGAGAAGCUCUCCUUAACAGCAGCACCAGAAAAGUAUAAAGUAAGGGGCUAUGCCUACAGUGGCGGCGGUCGCCGCAUCACAAGGGCCGAAGUGUCCAUCGAUCAAGGGAAAACAUGGAGACUAGCCGAUAUCGACUAUGCCGAGGACAAAUACCGAGCUCUCGAAGAUAAGCAGCUUUUCGGCGGCCGUCUGGACAUGGACUGGAGGGAGACAUGCUUCUGCUGGUGCUUUUGGAGCCUCGACAUCAACGUAUCUGAAUUGGAGGAUGCUAAAGAUAUCGUUGUUCGGACCAUGGACGAGAGUAUGUGUAUUCAACCUCGAGACAUGUAUUGGUCUGUUCUCGGUAUGAUGAACAACCCAUGGUUCCGAAUUGCGAUACACAAGGAACACGGCUCUUUGCGAUUUGAGCACCCGACACAGCCAGCGCUCAUGCCUGGAGGCUGGAUGGAGAGGGUGAAGAAGGCUGGAGGCAACCUCUCGAAUGGCUACUGGGGCGAGAAGCUCGGAAGCGAAGAAUCAGAGACUGCUAUCGUCGAAGCACCCAAGGAGAUCAAGAUGACGAAGGAUGGUGUCAACACAGUCUUUACCAUUGACGAGUUUAGAAAGCACACAACAGAGGAAUCUCCGUGGUUCGUGGUCAACGGCGAGGUGUACGAUGGCAAAGAUUUCCUGGAAGGGCAUCCGGGUGGAGCCCAAAGUAUCAUCUCGGCAGCUGGUCUGGACAGUACAGAUGAGUUCAUGGCAAUCCACAGCGAGACGGCUAAGGCUAUGAUGCCUUCCUAUCACAUCGGCACCUUGGACGAGGCAGGGCGUAAGGUACUCGCUGAUGGCGAACCCGAGGAGGAAUCGCCCGAUCCCAGGCCAGUCUUCUUGGACACACGCGUAUGGCACAAAGCGCUGCUACACUCGAAGGUCCCUGUUUCAUGGGAUACACGGAUAUUCACGUUCAAGCUCGACUAUGAUGAACAGGCGCUUGGCCUGCCAACAGGUCAGCACUUGAUGUUACGCCUUCGCGAUCCCGUGACUCGAGAAGCUAUUAUCCGAAGCUAUACACCCAUCUCGCAAACCACGAAGAAGGGAUACCUAGAUAUUCUCAUCAAAAUAUACAACGAUACCAAAGACCAGCCAGGAGGCAAGAUGACCAAAGCACUGGACUCUAUCCCAACCGGCCACUUCAUCGAUGUCAAGGGUCCUAUCGGCAAAUUCGAGUAUCUCAGCAAGGGAGCAUGCUCGAUCAACGGCAACAAACGACAGGUGAAGAAGCUAUUCAUGAUCUGCGGUGGCUCGGGCAUCACGCCAAUCUUCCAAGUUUUGCGCGCGGUCAUGCAGGACAAGGAGGACCCAACGACCUGUGUCGUCCUGGACGGCAACCGCCUCAUCGAAGACAUCCUCUGCAAAGAAGACCUGGACACCUUCGCCCGAGAGAACGUCGACCGAUGCAAACUCCUCUACACACUCACGCAAGGCCCCGAUGACUGGCAGGGAUUGAGAGGAAGAAUCAACGCCCAACUCAUCAAGGAGCAUUGUCCUCGAGGCACAGAAGGUGACACUCUCGUGUUAUUAUGUGGACCUCCGGCUCUAGAGAAGAGCGCACAUGCGGCUCUUAACGAGCAAGGGUGGCCUGAUGAGGACCUUCUUUUCUUCUAAGUGGGUUUCUUUAAUUUUCUAGCUUUUUCAUGUUUUGGGAUUCGGAAUCUGGCUGGUUAAAAAUCUUUUUCAAAGGCGCAAAAGCAUGGAGUUUCAAGAUAUCAAACUGUUCAUGGAUGGAUGACACAUAUGGGAUCUUUUUUCAUCUUCAUCACGA